AUGGACGUGGACGUGGUCGUGGACGUGGACGUGGACGUGGUCGUGGACGUGGACGUGGACGUGGACGUGGACGUGGACAUGGACAUGGACGUGGACGUGGACAUGGACGUGGACGUAGACGUGGACGUGGACGUGGACAUGGACAUGGACAUGGACGUGGACGUUGACGUGGACGUGGACGUGGAGGACUUGGACGUGGACAUGGACAUGGACGUGGACGUGGACGUGGACGUUGACGUGGACAUGGACGUGGACGUGGACGUGGACGUGGACAUGGACGUGGACGUGGACAUGGACGUGGACGUGGACGUGGAUAGGGAAGUGGACCUGGACGUGGACUUGGACAUGGACGUGGACAUGGAUGUGGACGUGGACAUGGACGUGGACAUGGAGGUGGACGUGGACGUGGACGUGGACGUGGACAUGGACGUGGACGUGGAUGUGGACAUGGAUGUGCACAUGGACAUUGACAUGGACGUGGACGUGGACGUGGACGUGGACAUGGACGUGGACGUGGACGUGUACGUGGACGUGGACGUGGACGUGGACGUGGAUGUGGACGUGGACGUGGACAUGGAGGUGGACGUGGACGUGGACGUGGACGUGGACAUGGAGGUGGACGUGGACGUGGACGUGGACGUGGACGUGGACAUGGACGUGGACGUGGACAUGGACGUGGACGUGGACGUGGACGUGGACAUGGACCUGAACGUGGACGUGGACGUGGACAUUGUCGUGGACGUGGACGUGGACGUGGACGUGGACGUGGUCGUUGGACGUGGACGUGGACGUGGACGUGGAAGUGGAGAUGGACGUGGACGUGGACGUGGACGUGGACGUGGACAUGGACGUGGACGUGGACAUGGACGUGGACGUGGACAUGGACGUGGACGCGUGGUCGUGGACGUGGACGUGGACGUGGAUGUGGUUGUGGACUUGGACGUGGACGUGGACGUGGACGUGGACGUGGACAUGGACGUGGACCUGGACGUGGACGUGGACGUGGACGUGGACAUGGACGUGGACAUGGACGUGGACGUGGACGUGGAUGUGGACAUUGUCAUGGAUGUGGACGAAGACGUGGACGUGGACGUGGUCGUGGACGUGAACGUGGACGUGGACGUCGACGUGGACGUGGACAUGGACGCGGACGUAGACGUGGAUGUGGACAUUGUCGUGGACCUGGACAUUGUCGUGGACAUGGACGUGGAUGUGGUCGUGGACGUGGUCGUGGACGUGGACGUGGACGUGGACGUGGACGUGGACAUGGACAUGGACGUGGACGUGGACAUGGACGUGGACGUAGACGAGGACGUGGACGUGGACAUGGACAUGGACAUGGACGUGGACGUGGACAUGGACAUGGACAUGGACGUGGACGUAGACGUGGACGUGGACAUAGACAUGGACGUGGACGUGGACGUGGACAUGGACGUGGAGAUGGACGUGGACGUGGACGUGGACAUGAACGUGGACAUGGACGUGUAA